AUGGUACUGGUUCGUCAGGAUGCCGUUGCAGGUUGGCGAACUUUAAUGGGCAGCACUGAUCCUGAUAAGGCGGCCGAAGAGGACCCUGAAUGCCUCCGAGCUAUUUAUGGCCGCGACAUGCUCGCGAAUGGGCUCCAUGGCAGCUCUAAUGAAGAGAGUGCUCAAAAAGCAAUCAGAGCGAUCUUCGGCAAGGACUUUGCUCCAGGUGGGUAUAAGCCGAAUGUUCUCACGAAUUUGCUAAUUUACACUUUUUAUUACCUUACACGAUUUGAUUUGGGAAUUAAGCCAUGUACAAAGGUUUACAGGCCAACAUAUACACAGUAG